AUGUGCCCCUUCUUUACACAUGUGCCCCUUCUUUACACAUGUGGCCCCUUCUUUACACAUGUUGCCCCUUCUUUACACAUGUGCCCCUUCUUUACACAUGUGCCCCUUCUUUACACUGUGCCCCUUCUUUACACAUGUGCCCCUUCUUUACACAUGUGCCCCUUCUUUACACAUGUGCCCCUUCUUUACACAUGUGCCCCUUCUUUACACAUGUGCCCCUUCUUUACACAUGUGCCCCUUCUUUACACAUGUGCCCCCUUCUUUACACAUGUGCCCCUUCUUUACACAUGUGCCCCUUCUUUACACAUGUGCCCCUCUUUACACAUGUGCCCCUUUCUUUACACAUGUGCCCCUUCUUACCCAUGUGCCCCUUCUUUACACAUGUGCCCCUUCUUUACACAUGUGCCCCUUCUUUACACAUGUGCCCCUUCUUUACACAUGUGCCCCUUCUUUACCACAUGUGCCCCUUCUUUACACAUGUGCCCCUUCUUUACACAUGUGCCCCUUCUUUACACAUGUGCCCCUUCUUUACACAUGUGCCCCUUCUUUACACAUGUGCCCUUCUUUACACAUGUGCCCCUUCUUUACACAUGUGCCCCUUCUUUACACAUGUUGCCCCUUCUUUACACCAUGUGCCCCUUCUUUACACAUGUGCCCCUUCUUUACACAUGUGCCCCUUCUUUACACAUGUGCCCCUUCUUUACACAUGUGCCCCUUCUUUACACAUGUGCCCCUUCUUUACACAUGUGCCCCUUCUUUACACAUGUGCCCCUUCUUUACACAUGUGCCCCUUCUUUACACAUGUGCCCCUUCUUUACACAUGUGGCCCUUCUUUACACAAUGUGCCCCUUCUUCACAUGUGCCCCUUCUUUACACAUUGCCCUUCUUUACACAUGUGCCCCUUCUUUACACAUGUGCCCCUUCUUUACACAUGUGCCCCUUCUUUACACAAUGUGCCCCUUCUUUACACAUGUGCCCCCUUCUUUACACAUGUGCCCCUUCUUUACACAUGUGCCCCUUCUUUACACAUGUGCCCCUUCUUUACACAUGUGCCCCCUUCUUUACACAUGGGCCCCUUCUUUACACAUGUCCCCUUCUUUACACAUGUGCCCCUUCUUUACACAUGUGCCCCUUCUUACCUCAUUGCCCCUUCUUUACACAUGUGCCCCUUCUUUACACAUGUGCCCCUUCUUUCACAUGGCCCUUCUUUACACAUGUGCCCCUUCUUUACACAUGUGCCCCUUCUUUACACAUGUGCCCCUCUUUACACAUGUGCCCCUUCUUUACACAUGUGCCCCUUCUUUACACAUGUGCCCCUUCUUUACACAUGUGCCCCUUCUUUACACAUGUGCCCCUUCUUUACACAUGUGCCCCUUCUUUACACAUGGCCCCUUCUUUACACAUGUUGCCCCCUUCUUUACACAUGUGCCCCUCUUUACACAUGUGCACCGUUUCUUACACAUGUGCCCCUUCUUUACACAUGUGCCCCUUCUUUACACAUGUGCCCCUUCUUUACCACAUGUGCCCCUUCUUUUACACAUGUGCCCCUUCUUUACAACAUGUGCCCCUUCUUUACACAUGUGCCCCUUCUUUACACAUGUGCCCCUUCUUUACACAUGUGCCCCUUCUUUACACAUGUGCCCCUUCUUUACACAUGUGCCCCUUCUUUACACAUGUGCCCCUUCUUUACACAUGUGCCCCUUCUUUACACAUGUGCCCCUUCUUUACACAUGUGCCCCUUCUUUACACAUGUGCCCCUUCUUUACACAUGUGCCCUUUUACCAUGUGCCCCUUCUUUACACAUGUGCCCCUUCUUUACACAUGUGCCCCUUCUUUACACAUGUGGCCCCUUCUUUACACAUGUGCCCCUUCUUUACACAUGUGCCCCUUCUUUACACAUGUGCCCCUUCUUUACACAUGUGCCCCUUCUUUACACAUGUGCCCCUUCUUUACACAUGUGCCCCUUCUUUACACAUGUGCCCCUUCUUUACACAUGUGCCCCUUCUUUACACAUGUGCCCCUUCUUUACACAUGUGCCCCUUCUUUACACAUGUGCCCCUUCUUUACACAUGUGCCCCUUCUUUACACAUGUGCCCCUUCUUUACACAUGUGCCCCUUCUUUACACAUGUGCCCCUUCUUUACACAUGUGCCCCUUCUUUACACAUGUGCCCCUUCUUUACACAUGUGCCCCUUCUUUACACAUGUGCCCCUUCUUUACACAUGUGCCCCUUCUUUACACAUGUGCCCCUUCUUUACACAUGUGCCCCUUCUUUACACAUGUGCCCCUUCUUUACACAUGUGCCCCUUCUUUACACAUGUGCCCCUUCUUUACACAUGUGCCCCUUCUUUACACAUGUGCCCCUUCUUUACACAUGUGCCCCUUCUUUACACAUGUGCCCCUUCUUUACACAUGUGCCCCUUCUUUACACAUGUGCCCCUUCUUUACACAUGUGCCCCUUCUUUACACAUGUGCCCCUUCUUUACACAUGUGCCCCUUCUUUACACAUGUGCCCCUUCUUUACACAUGUGCCCCUUCUUUACACAUGUGCCCCUUCUUUACACAUGUGCCCCUUCUUUACACAUGUGCCCCUUCUUACACAUGUGCCCCUUCUUUACACAUGUGCCCCUUCUUUACACAUGUGCCCCUUCUUUACACAUGUGCCCCUUCUUUACACAUGUGCCCCUUCUUUACACAUGUGCCCCUUCUUUACACAUGUGCCCCUUCUUUACACAUGUGCCCCUUCUUUACACAUGUGCCCCUUCUUUACACAUGUGCCCCUUCUUUACACAUGUGCCCCUUCUUUACACAUGUGCCCCUUCUUUACACAUGUGCCCCUUCUUUACACAUGUGCCCCUUCUUUACACAUGUGCCCCUUCUUUACACAUGUGCCCCUUCUUUACACAUGUGCCCCUUCUUUACACAUGUGCCCCUUCUUUACACAUGUGCCCCUUCUUUACACAUGUGCCCCUUCUUUACACAUGUGCCCCUUCUUUACACAUGUGCCCCUUCUUUACACAUGUGCCCCUUCUUUACACAUGUGCCCCUUCUUUACACAUGUGCCCCUUCUUUACACAUGUGCCCCUUCUUUACACAUGUGCCCCUUCUUUACACAUGUGCCCCUUCUUUACACAUGUGCCCCUUCUUUACACAUGUGCCCCUUCUUACACAUGUGCCCCUUCUUUACACAUGUGCCCCUUCUUUACACAUGUGCCCCUUCUUUACACAUGUGCCCCUUCUUUACACAUGUGCCCCUUCUUUACACAUGUGCCCCUUCUUUACACAUGUGCCCCUUCUUUACACAUGUGCCCCUUCUUUACACAUGUGCCCCUUCUUUACACAUGUGCCCCUUCUUUACACAUGUGCCCCUUCUUUACACAUGUGCCCCUUCUUUACACAUGUGCCCCUUCUUUACACAUGUGCCCCUUCUUUACACAUGUGCCCCUUCUUUACACAUGUGCCCCUUCUUUACACAUGUGCCCCUUCUUUACACAUGUGCCCCUUCUUUACACAUGUGCCCCUUCUUUACACAUGUGCCCCUUCUUUACACAUGUGCCCCUUCUUUACACAUGUGCCCCUUCUUUACACAUGUGCCCCUUCUUUACACAUGUGCCCCUUCUUUACACAUGUGCCCCUUCUUUACACAUGUGCCCCUUCUUUACACAUGUGCCCCUUCUUUACACAUGUGCCCCUUCUUUACACAUGUGCCCCUUCUUUACACAUGUGCCCCUUCUUUACACAUGUGCCCCUUCUUUACACAUGUGCCCCUUCUUUACACAUGUGCCCCUUCUUUACACAUGUGCCCCUUCUUUACACAUGUGCCCCUUCUUUACACAUGUGCCCCUUCUUUACACAUGUGCCCCUUCUUUACACAUGUGCCCCUUCUUUUACACAUGUGCCCCUUCUUUACACAUGUGCCCCUUCUUUACACAUGUGCCCCUUCUUUACACAUGUGCCCCUUCUUUACACAUGUGCCCCUUCUUUACACAUGUGCCCCUUCUUUACACAUGUGCCCCUUCUUUACACAUGUGCCCCUUCUUUACACAUGUGCCCCUUCUUUACACAUGUGCCCCUUCUUUACACAUGUGCCCCUUCUUUACACAUGUGCCCCUUCUUUACACAUGUGCCCCUUCUUUACACAUGUGCCCCUUCUUUACACAUGUGCCCCUUCUUUACACAUGUGCCCCUUCUUUACACAUGUGCCCCUUCUUUACACAUGUGCCCCUUCUUUACACAUGUGCCCCUUCUUUACACAUGUGCCCCUUCUUUACACAUGUGCCCCUUCUUUACACAUGUGCCCCUUUCUUUACACAUGUGCCCCUUCUUUACACAUGUGCCCCUUCUUUACACAUGUGCCCCUUCUUUACACAUGUGCCCCUUCUUUACACAUGUGCCCCUUCUUUACACAUGUGCCCCUUCUUUACACAUGUGCCCCUUCUUUACACAUGUGCCCCUUCUUUACACAUGUGCCCCUUCUUUACACAUGUGCCCCUUCUUUACACAUGUGCCCCUUCUUUACACAUGUGCCCCUUCUUUACACAUGUGCCCCUUCUUUACACAUGUGCCCCUUCUUUACACAUGUGCCCCUUCUUUACACAUGUGCCCCUUCUUUACACAUGUGCCCCUUCUUUACACAUGUGCCCCUUCUUUACACAUGUGCCCCUUCUUUACACAUGUGCCCCUUCUUUACACAUGUGCCCCUUCUUUACACAUGUGCCCCUUCUUUACACAUGUGCCCCUUCUUUACACAUGUGCCCCUUCUUUACACAUGUGCCCCUUCUUUACACAUGUGCCCCUUCUUUACACAUGUGCCCCUUCUUUACACAUGUGCCCCUUCUUUACACAUGUGCCCCUUCUUUACACAUGUGCCCCUUCUUUACACAUGUGCCCCUUCUUUACACAUGUGCCCCUUCUUUACACAUGUGCCCCUUCUUUACACAUGUGCCCCUUCUUUACACAUGUGCCCCUUCUUUACACAUGUGCCCCUUCUUUACACAUGUGCCCCUUCUUUACCACAUGUGCCCCUUCUUUACACAUGUGCCCCUUCUUUACACAUGUGCCCCUUCUUUACACAUGUGCCCCUUCUUUACACAUGUGCCCCUUCUUUACACAUGUGCCCCUUCUUUACACAUGUGCCCCUUCUUUACACAUGUGCCCCUUCUUUACACAUGUGCCCCUUCUUUACACAUGUGCCCCUUCUUUACACAUGUGCCCCUUCUUUACACAUGUGCCCCUUCUUUACACAUGUGCCCCUUCUUUACACAUGUGCCCCUUCUUUACACAUGUGCCCCUUCUUUACACAUGUGCCCCUUCUUUACACAUGUGCCCCUUCUUUACACAUGUGCCCCUUCUUUACACAUGUGCCCCUUCUUUACACAUGUGCCCCUUCUUUACACAUGUGCCCCUUCUUUACACAUGUGCCCCUUCUUUACACAUGUGCCCCUUCUUUACACAUGUGCCCCUUCUUUACACAUGUGCCCCUUCUUACACAUGUGCCCCUUCUUUACACAUGUGCCCCUUCUUUACACAUGUGCCCCUUCUUUACACAUGUGCCCCUUCUUUACACAUGUGCCCCUUCUUUACACAUGUGCCCCUUCUUUACACAUGUGCCCCUUCUUUACACAUGUGCCCCUUCUUUACACAUGUGCCCCUUCUUUACACAUGUGCCCCUUCUUUACACAUGUGCCCCUUCUUUACACAUGUGCCCCUUCUUUACACAUGUGCCCCUUCUUUACACAUGUGCCCCUUCUUACACAUGUGCCCCUUCUUUACACAUGUGCCCCUUCUUUACACAUGUGCCCCUUCUUUACACAUGUGCCCCUUCUUUACACAUGUGCCCCUUCUUUACACAUGUGCCCCUUCUUUACACAUGUGCCCCUUCUUUACACAUGUGCCCCUUCUUUACACAUGUGCCCCUUCUUUACACAUGUGCCCCUUCUUUACACAUGUGCCCCUUCUUUACACAUGUGCCCCUUCUUUACACAUGUGCCCCUUCUUUACACAUGUGCCCCUUCUUUACACAUGUGCCCCUUCUUUACACAUGUGCCCCUUCUUUACACAUGUGCCCCUUCUUUACACAUGUGCCCCUUCUUUACACAUGUGCCCCUUCUUUACACAUGUGCCCCUUCUUUACACAUGUGCCCCUUCUUUACACAUGUGCCCCUUCUUUACACAUGUGCCCCUUCUUUACACAUGUGCCCCUUCUUUACACAUGUGCCCCUUCUUUACACAUGUGCCCCUUCUUUACACAUGUGCCCCUUCUUUACACAUGUGCCCCUUCUUUACACAUGUGCCCCUUCUUUACACAUGUGCCCCUUCUUUACACAUGUGCCCCUUCUUUACACAUGUGCCCCUUCUUUACACAUGUGCCCCUUCUUUACACAUGUGCCCCUUCUUUACACAUGUGCCCCUUCUUUACACAUGUGCCCCUUCUUUACACAUGUGCCCCUUCUUUACACAUGUGCCCCUUCUUUACACAUGUGCCCCUUCUUUACACAUGUGCCCCUUCUUUACACAUGUGCCCCUUCUUUACACAUGUGCCCCUUCUUUACACAUGUGCCCCUUCUUUACACAUGUGCCCCUUCUUUACACAUGUGCCCCUUCUUUACACAUGUGCCCCUUCUUUACACAUGUGCCCCUUCUUUACACAUGUGCCCCUUCUUUACACAUGUGCCCCUUCUUUACACAUGUGCCCCUUCUUUACACAUGUGCCCCUUCUUUACACAUGUGCCCCUUCUUUACACAUGUGCCCCUUCUUUACACAUGUGCCCCUUCUUUACACAUGUGCCCCUUCUUUACACAUGUGCCCCUUCUUUACACAUGUGCCCCUUCUUUACACAUGUGCCCCUUCUUUACACAUGUGCCCCUUCUUUACACAUGUGCCCCUUCUUUACACAUGUGCCCCUUCUUUACACAUGUGCCCCUUCUUUACACAUGUGCCCCUUCUUUACACAUGUGCCCCUUCUUUACUCACCCCGUAGUGAAUUCUGCACGUACCCAUUUUGAAGCAGAGGCAGCCCGUGUUCCCCUUCUUCAUCUGUGCCUCUAUCUUACAUACAUCUGUGCCUCCCUCACACGCAUGCACCUCCCAUCGUGCGAGCAGCCGUCUUGUGACACUCUCCCCAUAGCAAUAGAGAACUUGGCCAUUGUGAAGCAGCUUUCUUAUCCUCACUUCCCAUGCUCCCCCGUGCUGCCCCAUGCCUCUCCUUCGCUCAUCACCCUCCCAUGCAGCCAUCUUUUCCUGUGA